GGAAGAAGAGACGAUGGAGAAUUUUACUGCGCUCUUUGGCGCUCAGGCUGAUCCACCACCGCCACCAGCUGCCCUCGGCUUCGGCCCAGGCAAACCUCCACCCCCUCCUCCGCCUCCUCCGGGCGGAGGACCCGGCACUGCCGCUCCUUCCUCCGCGACCACAGCCCCGACUGGUUCGGACAAGUCUGGGGCCGGUUGUGGCCCCUUCUACCUGAUGCGGGAACUGCCCGGCAACACAGAGCUGACAGGCAGUACCAAUCUGAUCACACACUACAACCUGGAACAUGCCUAUAACAAAUUCUGUGGGAAGAAGGUGAAGGAGAAGCUAAGUAAUUUCCUGCCUGACCUUCCAGGAAUGAUUGACCUGCCUGGUUCCCAUGAUAACAGCAGCCUCCGCUCCCUCAUUGAAAAGCCCCCAAUUCUUAGUGGCUCUUUUAAUCCUAUCACAGGGACCUUGCUGGCUGGCUUUCGCCUCCAUACUGGCCCGUUGCCGGAGCAGUGUCGCCUGAUGCAUAUUCAGCCUCCCAAGAAGAAGAAUAAACACAAACAUAAACAGAGCCGUACCCAGGAUCCUGUCCCCCCAGAAACACCAUCCGAUUCAGAUCACAAAAAGAAGAAGAAGAAAAAAGAGGAGGAUCCUGAGCGGAAAAGAAAGAAGAAAGAGAAGAAGAAAAAGAAGAAUCGACACAGUCCAGACCACCCAGGUAUGGGCAGCUCCCAGGCCAGCAGCAGCAGCAGCCUUCGCUAA